AUGGCACCAUUCCCUCAGAGACUCAAGGGUGGUGAGAAAGAGAAGUCAUACUCAAGGUUCCAAGAUAUGUUUGCAUCUCUUCAUAUCAACAUCCCCUUUAUUAAAGCCCUCCAACAGAUGCAUUCGUAUAUCAAGUGCAUGAAGGAGUUGCUGACCAAGAAAAACCCAUUGAAGGGUCGACAAAAAGUAGUGAUGAAUAAGGAAUGCAGUGCUCUCAUUCUGAAGGUACCCACAAAAAAGAAGGAUCCAGAGAGUUUUCAUAUCCCUUGUACCAUAGGAGAUACAAUGAUUGACAGAGGGUUCUGUGAUUUGGGAGCAAAUGUAAUCAUCCAAUUGGCUGACAAGACUCAGAAACAAGCAAUAGGAGUGGUUGAAAAUGUGCUGGUGAAGGUUGGGAAGUACUUUCUUCCUACAAACUUUGUUGUCCUUGAGAUGGAAGAAAGCUAUCUCCAUCCAAUCAUUCUGAAGAGACCAUUCUUAGCCACAGCCAGAGCACUUAUAGAUGUUGAGGAAGGGGAGUUGGUAUUGAGAAUACAUGAUGAACAACUCACCUUUCAUGUCUUCAAAACCUCACAAGAAGCUGAACAAAAGAACAAAGAGUUUGAGGAUGAUCACAAGGAAGUGUUAUUAGAAGAAACAAGCAGUGAAUCACAAGCAGAGCAUCUGAAGACCUCCUUGGUAGAAAAAUAG